AUGUCUCUAUCCGCGUCUCACCUGCUCUUUCCCGUACCCCACUCUCAAAUUAAAACCGGCUUCACGACCGCGCAUGCCGUUGACGUCCCGUCCAUCCACCAGGUCCAUCUCAGCGACAGUGCUCUCGGCGUGCACAAGGUUUCGUCCGGUACGACCCACACCCUCGUCCGGCCUCCCGUGCCUCCCUCUACCGACUCAGAUGAGCACACAUGGGACGCACUAUUUCCAGCCGGAAGCGUCAACCCAGGAAACAAGUCUGCCCCCCCGGGAGGGUUUGGCUUCUACGUGCACGGACCGCCCGAGUUUGCACGAGCACUGCGCGAGGAGGCGCCGAGGGAGGUGCUCAUGAGCUACGCAGUGAUGUUCGAGGAUGGAUGGGAGUGGAGAAAGGGUGGGAAGCUUCCCGGGAUAUGUAAGAGACCGUCUCUUGCCGCGUGUCUUCCACUGUCUGUCGUCUGA